UUGACACUGACAGUCCAUGCGUUGACUGACAAUUAAAAGUGACCUGUGACUAUUUUCUUAUUUUGUUUAUAACGUAUAAGUUAAAUUAUAAUUAUGGAAGUUAUAGUGGCAAACGUGGAUCAUAUAAAAUUUGACAUCGAUUAUGCUUUAGAGCAGCAGUAUGGAGCCCUGCCUUUGCCCUUUCCUGGAAUGGAUAAAUCUACUGCAGCAGUCUGCGAAUUCUACAGCCAACCCGGGGGAUGUGGUAAUGGACCUCAGUGCCCUUAUCGUCAUGUGAGGGGAGACCGAACAGUAGUAUGUAAGCAUUGGCUGAGAGGUCUCUGCAAGAAAGGCGACCAGUGUGAAUUUCUACACGAAUAUGACAUGACCAAAAUGCCUGAGUGCUAUUUUUAUGCUAGAUUCAACGCUUGCCACAAUAAGGAGUGUCCAUUUCUUCAUAUAGAUCCAGAAAGCAAAAUUAAAGAUUGUCCAUGGUAUGAUCGUGGGUUUUGUAGACAUGGUCCACAUUGUAGACAUCGCCAUGUCAGAAGAGUUCUCUGUAUAAAUUACUUGGCAGGCUUCUGCCCUGAUGGUGCAAACUGCAAGUACAUGCACCCACGGUUUGAAUUACCAGCUCCUCCAGAACAGACAAAGGAUGCUAAAAGACUUCCCGUCUGCCACUACUGUUCAGAAGUAGGACAUAAGGCUUCCACUUGUCAUAAGAUUCCUCCUGAUCAAAGAGAAGUCGCCCAAAAACAGGAGGAGGCACGUUAUAGAGCCUUGGGCUAUGUCAAGCCUGCUGUAGAUGGUGAAGAACUGAGAUUACAAAGACUGAUCCACAAACCUUUAGAGGAAGUGACUUGUUUCAAGUGCGGUACAAAGGGACAUUAUGCCAACAAGUGCCCCAAAGGUCACCUGGCCUUCCUAUCAAAUCAACCCCCUCCCGGCAACCCAAACGUGUUUAAAAAACCUAACUAGUAUAAGUAUGUGAAGCCAAAAUAAUGGCUUCAAUGACAAUUGUGUUCCAGUGGAUGUGAGAAAACAAAUAAAAAUUUACAUUUCCUACAAAUUAAUCUUUAAGCGUCUAUUCUGAUCUUUAGUUUUAAUGUAAUAGACAAUCUGUUUAAAUUCCAAACUUUAAAUUGAUAAGGAAGAUGGCUACAAUUUUCUUUUUUUAUAUAGUGUUGUCAUGUCAAUUGUUUAAAAUGGUUUCACACUAAAACCAUUCUUGCUGACAAACUUGUUAUGGCAUUCAAGUUUAGGUUCGAUUUUUUCUACAAAAACCCCCAACUGAAUUUGCACUGUCGGGUGAAACGGCAGUCAUCCUGACUUUGUUUCAUAGCAAUUCAGUAAAGUACUAAAUUGUUUUGUAUUUCAAGCUUAACAUAUUGUUAAAAUGAGAAACAGAUAAUUAGAAUAAUAUUUACUAAAUUAUAAUAAUAAUUUUGUGGAGAUGAAACACUAUACUAUAAUUUUCAUAGAUGUUAAUAUAUGAGCACUGGCCCAUAACGACUCGGUAUUAAGAAUUUAUGUUUUGGCAUUUGUAAUAUCUUUAAGAAAUAUUUAUGCGAUCUAGUUUUGAAGAUUAAUUUGGUUUUAGGCAAUCGGAAGUAAGAAAUGAGUUAUAUCAGCUUAACUUUUAUAAAAAUAGCAACUUUAUCGCCUUCCUUCAGUGACGUUUCGGAUAUUGGUAGCUAACGUACUUGUGGAUCUUUAAGAGUAAAAACGGGAUUAUUGGGAUCUUCCUAUCUCAGGUACCUCAUUAAGUCACAAUAUAAAGGUGAAAUUUUAUGCGCAAGAAAUUAGGUGACAAUGAAUAAUUAAGAGAAAAAAAAACGCAAGACAAAUCAGCUCUAACAUGAAAACCGCUGA